AUGUAUUAUGCUUGUUCUCAGUUGAAAACAAAUAAGUUUGACAUAAGUUAUGUAUUAGGGCAUGAAUUAACUAUAAAAUCUGAGACUAAUCUAGAUUCUUCUUCUUGGAAAAUAUAUGGAAAGUUUGGAAGUAAAAAAAUUACCUUUAAUUAUAAUACAAUUGACAGGAAUAAUAUAUUAUUAUCACGUUUUAUUAAGGUUAACGAAAGUACAUUUAUAAUUUUAUUUAUUGAAAGUUUAUUUGAAAUUGAGUCAACAAAUAAUAUCACUUGUUCACGAAAUAUUUAUUAUUUCACAGCAAAACCAUUGAAUAAAGUUUGUAACAAAGGAAUAUCAUAUAUUUCUAGGAAUAAAAGUAUAACUAAACGUGUUGAUUGUCUUUGUCCAUAUUCAACGAAAGGUAAACUUUGUGAAGAUGUAAUAGAAGAAUGUUCCACAUUAUCAUUAAUAAUUCCUAUGUCAUUAUUAUGUAUAAAACAAUCUAAGUAUUAUGUUAUUACAUUUGGUUGGAUUUUAGUUAGUUUAGGAUUAGUGAUAAUUACAAUUGCUUUAUUAAGGCAUAGCCGAAAAACAACAAUAUUCAUUGCUCCUUUUGUUGAUGAUCGUCCAUUUGUCUAUCAUUUGGAGCACAGUCAACGAUGCCUUUAUUUUGAUAAGGAGGAAAAUGAAUUAUACCAAAAAUUAGAAACAAUUAUUUGGGAAAUUUAUAAAGAAAAAGAGGCACAUAUUCGUUAA